AUGAUGUUACAAGUAAACCUCCUCGAGGCUUUUAAACAAAACAUAAUUUUGCUUAAGUCUAUGGGACUGUGGUGCUACAAGAAUGAACGUUUCUAUAAGUUCUUUAAGUACUAUGUGCAAAGUUCGUUAGUCUUCGACAGCAGUUCUCUAAUAAUUUACGUCGCACUCAACAUUGGAAUCAAAAACGUGACUGACACAAUUUACAGCUUACCUGGUUCUUUAGAAGUUGUACUACAAUCAGUACUUUUUCGUAAAAACUUUCAUUUGAUCAAGAAGAGUUUGGACAAUUUGAAUCAACCACAGUUUCAGCCGAAGAAUGAAGCCCAAGUGAAAAUACUCAAAGAUUCAAUCAUUCUUUCAAGGAAAGUCUUUUAUUCAUUCUUUGGCUUAGUCUUCGUUAUGAUAACAAUGUGGAUGGUACUGCCGCUGACGAAAAAAGGAAAAUUUCUACCCACGAAGUACUGGAUUCCUUUUGAUUAUCGUUUGCCCGUGGUGUAUGAAUUACUUUACGUGUUCGAAUGUUGCUGUAUUAUUUUUCAUGCUUUCUCGAAUGUUGCUCUGGAUACAUUCUUUUCGAUUGCGAUGGUACAAAUCGGUGCUCAGUGUGACGUUCUUUGUGACAGCAUUAGAAAUGUCCGCGAAUUGGCUAAAAUAAAUACCGAUGGAGAACUAAAACAAGAAGAAUAUAACCGAAUGGAAAAAGUGUUAAUAGGUUGCGUUCAUCACUACAACUCAAUAUCAGAGUAA